CUUAGAGGGAUUUGACUCUCCUCUUUGUGUGCUCCACUGCUCUGCCAAACCUCUGUCUUUCCUUCCCUUUUUCUCUGUGAUCCUUCCCUUUAAGAAGAAAGCCAUGACGAGUAGAGUGAGCAUGAGAUCUACGAAAGUCGUCUCCAGCAGUGGUGGAAGCACUUAUGGUGGUGGCGGCAGCUUCCGUAUGGGACCAUCAGGAUCUGGUGGAUUUACCGCAAAAUCUGCUCACAUGUUCAGAUCCGGCCCAAGGAUGAGUUCCGGUGUCAGUAUUUCAAGUUUUGGUCAGGGUAUGAGUGCUGGUGGUGGAAUGGGUUCUGGCUUCAUGAAUUACAGUUCUAGUGGUGCUGGUGGUGCUGGUAUGUUUGGCGGAGCUGGUGGUGGUGCUAGUAUGUUUAGCGGAGGGUAUGGUGGAAUGAGUGGUGGUAUGGGUGGUGGUAUGUUUGGUAGUGGUGGUAUGGGUGGUAUGGGCGGUGGACCUAUCAUCCCCACCAUCUCAAACGUCCAAGUCAACCAGAGCCUGCUGGCCCCUGUGAGCCUUGAGAUUGACCCCACCAUCCAAACUGUCCGCACCCAAGAGAAAGAGCAGAUCAAGACUCUGAACAACCGCUUCGCCAGCUUCAUCGACAAGGUCCGCUUCCUGGAGCAGCAGAACAAAAUGCUGGAGACCAAGUGGAGCUUGCUGCAGGACCAGACCACCACCCGCUCCAACAUCGACGGCAUGUUCGAGGCCUACAUCGCCAACCUGCGCAGACAGCUGGAUGGCCUUGGCAAUGAGAAGGUCAAGCUGGAGGGAGAGCUGAAGAACAUGCAGGGCCUGGUGGAGGACUUCAAGAACAAGUAUGAAGAUGAAAUCAACAAGCGCGCCACUGUAGAAAACGAGUUUGUGCUCCUGAAGAAGGAUGUAGAUGCCGCCUACAUGAACAAAAUUGAGCUGGAGGCCAGAGUUGACGCCCUUCAGGAUGAGAUUAACUUCCUCAGAGCUGUCUAUGAUGCGGAACUGCGUGAGCUUCAAGGACAGAUCAAGGACACCUCAGUCAUUGUGGAGAUGGACAACAGCCGCAACCUGGACAUGGACGCAAUUGUGGCAGAAGUCAGGGCUCAGUAUGAGGACAUCGCCAACAAAUCCCGCGCUGAGGCAGAGACAUGGUACCAGACUAAGUUCCAGGAGAUGCAGACCAGUGCUGCAUCAGCAGGGGACGACCUUCGUAACACCAAGAGUGAGAUCGCUGAGCUUAACCGUAUGAUUAGCCGGCUCCAGAAUGAGAUCGAGGCAGUCAAGGGACAGCGUGCAAACCUGGAGGCCCAGAUCGCUGAGGCUGAGGAGCGCGGUGAGCUGGCUGUGAAGGACGCCAGGGCCCGCAUCAGGGACCUGGAAGAAGCCCUGCAGAGAGCCAAACAGGACAUGGCCCGCCAGGUCCGCGAGUACCAAGAGCUCAUGAACGUCAAGCUGGCUCUGGACAUUGAGAUCGCCACAUACAAGAAGCUUCUGGAAGGAGAGGAAAUCAGACUUGCCACGGGCGGUUCAACUGCAACCAUCCAUGUACAGACCUCAGGUGGUGGCGGCGGCGGCGGCGGCGGCGGCAGCGGCGGCGGCUACGGCAUGGGCGGCAUGGGCAUGGGCGUCGGCGUUGGCGGCGGCAUGGGCGGUGGUUUCAGCAGCAGCAUGAGCAUGAGCAGUGGCGGCGGCGGCUUUGGCGGCGCCGGCUAUGGCAGCAGCGGCAGCAUGAUCGGCGGCGGCAGGAUGACCAUGAGCAAGACACAAACAGUCAGCGCACGUCGUUAUUAAACGCAGCAGUCCUCUUUCUCUCCAUUUUUCCUCCUUCUCUCAUUUUGUUCUCCUCCUCUUGUCCCACUCACGAAAGCUUUCAUAAAACCCACCACCCCUCUUCCUGCAGACACAGAGCAGUCUCAGCAACACGUUGCACUUGACCAUCUACAGCUGACCAAACCGAGUAAUGGUUUUGGCACAACACACCUACAGAGGGGUAGACAUUACAUCCAAAUACAAGUAAAGGCAGAGCUAUUGUUGCGAGCAGCAGAGAUGUGAGUCAGUCCUGUUCUCCAGUUAUCAGUCAGCCUGGCUGUCUUUUGGUUGCUGGAUGUGCUGUUGUGUAGACAAGGGAAUACUUGUAGUGUCAUGACAGAGAAUCCUUACAAAGCAACAACCACUGCACACAGAAUGACAACAGCAGUUCUUAGCCCACAGUGUCUCGUCUGCUGUGUCACAUCGGUCAUUAUGUCGAGCAGUUUAACAUCAUCAAAAGCAGCCACCUCUAACACUUUGUUAUUUUACUUUUGGGAUCCUCCUUUUCUUCUCCUGUUUUGAGAGAAAAUGAGUUCUCCACUACAGUACAUAAAGGUGUUUUGAUCAUGCUUUGCUUCCAUUUUCACUCUAAAUAAAAAAAAGAAGAAAAAAAAAAACACUGAUCAGGCUGACUGGGACAAACAGAUUUAUUGUGAAAUUGUACCAUCAAAAUCAUCUCACCAAUAAAUCCAAGAAUCUCUGAA